CCAGUCCAACCCAGCCCAUAAGACUUGAUUCGAGGGAGAGACUGAGAGAAGCAAAAGCAUCAACCAAACAAACAAACAAACAGACAAAGAUCAACAAUGGCGGACCAAAACCCCAACAAGAAGAGAGUCAUCGUCGAAUCCUUAGGAUGGCUUACGGAAUCCUCAAUUAUGCCCAGAAAACACCGCGCCAUCGCCGGUGUCGGAGCUUCCUCUAUCCUCGACCUCAAGGCCCAGCUCUACCACUCCCAAGAGGAAGCUAAGAAAGCCAGGGACCACUCCGCUUCAGAUCCCCAUUUCCAACGCCCCAAAAAGAAGAUACCUUCUCAUCAUCCUCUCUCCGCCGCCAAGAACUCUGGCGUUGAAGCCCGUGCUUUCAAAGACAAGCUUGAGCUGAAAGCAGUUAAGGAUGGAUCAGCUAGCUAUGCUGCAUUAGAGAAGAAGGCUGAAUUGUAUGAGAAGCUAAUGAGGGGAGAAUUGUCUGAUGAAGAAGAGAAAGAGAAGUAUUCUGUGAAUUUUUUUGCCAAGAGGCUUGACGAUGAUGAGUCACAGAAGAUUCAACAGCCUCAAUCUUCUGAUACACUAGCAAUGGAAAAUAAAGAUGCUGACAAUGAUGAUUCUUUGCUGUUUAACAUGAAACCUGUGGGACUUGGCCGAGCAGCCUCAACAAUGGACAAUAAUGAACACAAGCGUUUUGUAAGGGAAGUACAUCAAGAAGCAAAUCAAGCAAGAGAGAAGGCAUCUGAGCUGAAAUCACGAAGAGAACAACAGGUGAAUGCUCGUCGGGAAAAACUAAAACAGGCCUAUCUUCGAAAACAGUUAGACAGGAAACUGAAAGCUGCAUCAAUCCAAUCCAGUUCUGACAAAACAUGAUAUAUAAGAUGAGGAAUUCAGGAUGUACUACCAGCAAUCUUAACAGUUUUUAGUAUUACACUGUAACUAAUUUCUUGUACAGAUAUAUUAUGGUUUAGGAAUUAACCAGAGUUAUGAAUUGAAUUUAGAUUAUAGUUUUUGCUUAUUUUGUCUA